UCUGUUUUCUUUUAAAUUCGUUGUGUGAUCAUAAAACAUAUGAAUGUUCAAUGUUCUGGGAUGAAAAUUAACGUUUUAUAAAAAGGACAAUAAAUUUUAUUACAAGGAUAUUUUGGAUUGAAAAAGGACUUGGGGGAUAGGCCCGUUUCAAAAUUUCCCAGCCAAUUUGUAAAAAAAAGAAGAAAGAGAAACGUAAUUAAUUGUAUGAUAUUGAUUUUCAUUCAUCCUCAAUACGACGUUCGCAGUUCUUGACGUUUCCACCAUUUGAAAGCCCCUGGGAAUGACAGGUCACAGGGCUUUCGAUACAGACAACAAGACUAAAGAAUAUCAAGGCCAGUCUUUCUUUUUGUUGUAGUUUAUUUGGUGAUUGAAGAUAUGUGAAGAUCUGCACAUUAUGCCUGCCAAUCAUCAACAGGGAAUUGCGAGCAAGUUGGAGGUGAGGAUUACAGAGCAGAACUUACUCAUUAACGACCUCCAACAAGCUCUAGAGUUUGAACGGAAAAAAGUAUUGAAUCUCACUUCUGAAUUUGAAAGUGCCCAGAAAGAAUAUCAAAAGGAGGUUAAUGUGGUCAGAAAUGAACUCGCACAGGAGAAAAAUUACUCGAAACAUUGCCAGUUUGAGAUCAAUUCGUUAAAAAAGGCACUGGAAAAACACAAGAACAAUGUUGAAUUUAUUCAGAACAGUGCUGAAAAAGACUUUGAUCUUAGGCAGCAGCAAAUUACAAAAGAAAUUAAGGCAAGUUAUGAUGCAGAAAUGGCCAACUUGAAAGAUCAAUAUAACGUACAAUUGAAGAAUUUAAAACUCAAUGAAACCUUUUAUGAAAAUCAAAUACAGUUGCUGAUUGACAGGAUUCAAGAACUUUAUGAACUAGAUGUUAACCAUGACGUUGAGCUGAAAGCUAGCCGACAAAUUUAUGAAAAGCAAUUGGAAGAGUUGAAACAGAAUAUCAACAGUAUUAAAGAGCAUAACAGGACUUUUAAUUACCCAGAACAAAUAAAUAUUUUAAAUGAAAAACUCGCUUUAAGUCAUACUAAUGAGGCUGCAUUGAAAUUGGAAAUAAAUAAAUAUAUAAAGGCAACGAAUCUUCAUAAAGAAGAAAUCAACAAAUUAAACAAUCAAUUAAUUUUAAGUACAAAAGUGCAAGAUCAGUUGAAGGAAGAAUUAAACUGCACGCUAUUAGAACUUGAGAAGCAGAAACAUUGUUGUAAAGAUCUUCAAAGGAAAAUUCAUGAAAUUGACAUCGAUCAUAAUGCUCAGCUGACCAGAGUUACAGAGUCUCGCGAAGCUUUAAUUAACUCCCACAACAACGACAUGAUUCAUUUAGUUAAUGCUUUUACACCUUUACACAAGGCUAUUUGUUCAUUGACAACCUCUGAAUCUAAAAAAGACGACACAAACUCUACAUCAGGCUCAACUUUGACAGGUGCGGAUAACGACAGUGAAACAAAUCAAUGCACCGAGGAUCUAUUGAGUCGUUUAUUAGAAAAAUUUAGAAAAACUUAUUCUGAGGUUGAAAAAUUAGGAAAUCGUUAUUUUGCUCUAUAUAAAGAUAAUGAAGAGCUGUACCAAGAAAAUGAAAUGCUUAGAAGUAAUAUAGACGAAUGUAAACAGAUUUAUCAGGAGCAGAUUGAUCUUUUAGAAAAAGAGAUAGAAGAUUUUAAAAUAAUUUAUGAUGUGCAGGAGAAUUCAAAAGAUAAAGAAACAGUUUCAAAAGAAGAAUCUGCCACUCCAACCAAAUCUACCUCACAAUUACAAAAAGAUGCUGUUGAACCUGAUCAAACAGCAGAAGAAAAUUUACUCUCUACACCUACUAACGAAUCCUUUGAUUAUAAUUUACAAAAACAAAAUGCUGAAAUAGGAAAAUUUAUGUUACAAGGGGCCACUUCAACUCCUUUUCCGUCCAAUGCUUUAGAUUUGCAAGCCGGAGGGGAAGCAAUGCUUUCUCCAAACUUGUUAAGUAUGAAUCCUGCCAUACCUUCCCAGAAUUUAUUAAGUCCCGUUAAGAAUCAAUCGCCAUUGCAUCUUUCCCUUCUUGGAUGGAUUGAACACUGUCAAAAUCUAGAUAAGCAAAAUAAGGAAUUGAUUAAAAAGAUAGAGAAUCUGGAAUUGAAACUCAAGGACACAGAAUUCGGUGCUAACAUUUUAAAGGAGGAGAUGGCCAAUUUUGAAGUACAAUCGCAACAGUUGCAGAAAAAAAUUGAAGAUUAUUCUGAUGUCAAAAGGAAUCUGUUUGAAGCAAUUGACCAGAAAAAUGUAAGCGAGCUUAAAAUUAUCAAUCUUCAAGAGCAGGUCAAAAGUUUAGAAGAUGAUAAUAAGAAACUCGCAGAAGAAAAUUUAGCAAAUGAAGAAAAGUGUAAAAAUUAUUUGAUCGCUUACAAAGAAGCAGGAGUAGUAGAUUCUACUGGAAUGACGGAAACGUUAUUGACUCAUUUCAAUGAAAAAAUCAAAGAAGUUGUCUUAUUAAAAGGUGAAGUACGCUCGCUACUUUUCAGUAAAAAUAGACUGCUCGAGAGAGUGGAUAAACUGACAGAAGUUAAAAAUUUGUACAUCAUUAAAAUUGAACAGAUUUCGAGGGAAUUGUGCUUAAGAAAAGAAGAGCUGGAAGAUGUGUUCCAAGAGAAAAUCAAACUCUCUUCUAGAAAUAAAAUACUAGAAAAAGAAGCCGAGGUUUUGAAUUUAAGAGUCAAUUACUUGACAAAUCUGCGAGACAACAACUGGGGAACUGACAGCCCAGUCCCACUUGUUGAAAAAAUGCAAAAGGAACUUUUUGCUUUGUGUAAACAGGUCAUAGAACAAAAGCUGGAAUUGGAAAACAGUCUGAUGGAAAAACAGAACAUCGGUGAAUUUCAGCAAGAACUCGAUGCGAGACACCAAUUUCAAAUAAUAAAGAAGUUCAAUCAAGAAUUGCAAAGUGAAAAAGAAGCACUUCUACAGCGAUUAAUCGAGCAACAAGAGAUUAUUCAUAGCUAUCAGAAAAAUGAAGGGUGUGAUGAAGGUUGGUUAUUGCACAUUGAAAGUUUAGAAAAAGAAAUAUUACAAGAAAUAAAACAUCACAAAGAACAAUAUGCAAGAAUAGAGGAAGCACUUAGAUCCACUGGAAACCUACUAAACGAUCUUCAAUUACAAAAGGAUUGCCUUCGUGUCAAAAAUCAGGAAAUCGCUAGAACUAACAAGAAACUAGAAGAAGAAAAGUUCAAACUGAGGAAGGCAGAAAUGCAAUUGCAACUUUUGCAGAACAAUCUCGAACAGAAAGAAGCUCUAAUCAAGGAUCAUAUCGAAGAGAAAAAAGUUUUAGAUCAAAAUCUGAAAAUAGUACAGUCAAAUUUGGCAGAUGCUGAGUUAAAACUGAGUUACGAACAGCAAAACAAUCAGUGGAACAAAAAGAAUUUGCAGUUGCAAGAAGCCCAUAAAGAAGUUGAAAAAGACUUGAAUCUGCUCUCUGACGAAAAGGAUAAAACGUUUUGUGAAAGUCAACUCCAAUUGCAGAGCUCUUUUUUGAAACAAGCGGAAACGGAAUAUAAAAAAGCCCUGGAGAGGAUAAAAUUCUACUAUGAUUCACAAUUUGCGACUAAUUUGAGCAAACAACAGGAGGAUCAUAAAAAUCAGAUUGAGAAAUUAAAUGAAAUAAUUAGACAGCAGGCAUUGAAUCUUGAAAACGCUGUCGAGGAUCACUUGGUAAAUUUACUGCCUAAGAAGAUUGAAGAUCGACAUAAACUUUCUUUUAAAGAGCUACUCGAUAUGAUGGAAAAAUUUAAACAUGAUGUGCAAACAAUUGAAUCGGGUUUGAACGAUUCCGAGGCAAAGAUGUUUAGAAAAUUGAAGACGUUCCUUGAGGAAAAUUUCAACUGCCAAAUAUUGUUAGCUCGAAAAAUUUUAAAGGAAGAGCAUAACAAACAAUAUGAGAUAUCAUUAGAUACAGCAAAACAAUUGCAUAGAGAAGAAAUCCUUCUUCUAAAAUUGCAACAUGAGGCUGAUAAAUGCAAAGAAUUGUUUGAAAAAGUAGAAGAUUCUUGUAAUAAACAAGAUGAACAUAGGUCAGUCAAGCAGUUUACCAGCGGAAAUUAUUUGGACAGUGAAUUUCUGAACCAUUUUAACUUAUUAAUUUUAAAUGGCUAUUUCAACUCAAUUGAGAAAUUCCUUUCUAACUGGAAUCUCAUGUAUCAAAAACAGAUAAAACUGUUAAGAAAUAAUCUUGAAAAAGGAUUCAUGUUAUACAAUAAAACGUCUGAAAAAGAUGAAAAACUUAAAGAUAUAAUUGAAUGCAAUGAUAGAACUUUUUUGGCAAAGCAAAACUUAAUUGAAUAUGCUAAAGAGUUCUUAAAUUGUUUGAAAUCAUUCAAAAAAUCGCUCAUCGAAGAUGUUAAGAUCAUGGUGACAACUAUGAAUUCAGAAACUCAAAAGUGUUUUGACAGCAUUAAAGAAAAACACGGUGAUAUAAACGACUUUUUAAUCUUGCAAGACAAACUACACCACCUGCAAGAUGAGAAGGACAAACUUGAAAAACAACACAGAUCGGCUAUUAAUCUUUUGAAAUCUGACCAUGAGGCUGAAGUGGCGAAAACAAACAAGCUUUUAACGGAUCUCAAACACUUUUGUGAAGGAGGCUGUAACACAAGCGCCUUAUUGAGUUUUAGAACAGAGCUCGAAGAAAAACACAGAAAGGAGGUCGAAGAACUCAGGAUGUACUUUGAGAAAAAAUGUGCCGAUUUGGAAAAAAAUUUUUCCGAAGAAGUAUUUAGCCAACACAGUAGAAAAAUGUCAUUUAGUAGUUCCUGUUCAGAAAGUGAAUUGGUGUCAGACCACCUAUGUGAUGUAGGAGGAAGCGGCGACAAUAAAUUGAUAAAUUUGACUAAUGAAAAACCAAAAGUAAGAAUGCCAUUGCUAACCAGUUCCGACUGGGAGGAGAUGCUGUUAGAAGAAAUGGGGACAUCGUUAACAUGGAAAACUAUAAACAAAGUGAAAGCGGAGUUGGUUAGCAUGCUUAGAGACAACUUAGAUUCAUGCUAUAUUGAAAAGAUUAAACAAUUGUCCAACAAUAUGGACUCACAACAUUUGAAGGUUUUGGGGCAUGCGGCAAACCAAGAGAAAAAAAUUAUUAUUCUCCAAGAGAAAAUUAACAGACUUAAACACGUACUAACAAAAAAUGUAGCAAAAGAGGAUUUGGAUAAAAUUGAACAAAACGCGGUGGAAAAUUUCUUGAAUGAUUUAUUGGCGUUUUUACCUGAAAACAAAAAUCUUCUGAAAUCUAAAUAUCACUUGGACAGCGUGAUUGACGACCUCGAUCAUGUUUAUUCGAAAAAAUAUAAAGAAAUGAUGAACAAUCAGUCUGAAAAUUACAUAAAAGAACUGAAUGAGAUGAAAUCGAACUUUGAAAAACAAGUCGAACUGAAGACUGAAUGUAUAAAAGGUCAAGACACGUCUUCAGCUGGUUUUCAGGAAAUUGUCAAAGAAAGGGACAAUUUGAGGUUGAUGCAAAAAACGUUGAUGUUGGCGAUUUCCCAACUUUCCAAUUAUUUGAGCAACAGCGAGGAUGAACUUAUAAAAGCUAUCACUUCAGAGAUGGCUAACAUUUGUCAGGAAUCGCCACCGUCUCCAACUUUAAGAGCCGAUUGGCAAGACAACAGCACAAGGCAUAACGAUCUGAGCGCUAAAAAGUUGAAUUUCGUCUCGAAUCUUUCGAUGCUAAUUAAAGAACUCGAUGAGACGAUGCUGUCAGACAGUUUUGACAACGCCCUAGAUGAAACGUCAACAAUAAGGCAAACGUUGGAAUCAUGCUUGAACAAAUUGAAAGAAGAAGCCGUGGCCCUUUUGGGACUUAGUAAGGCUAUGAAUCCAAACGCAGAACAAGAAUACGAGGUUGAUAGAUUAAAUGAAAAAAUUGUUCGACUCGAGGAAAAAAACUCUCAGUUGGUACAGCAAAUAGAUUAUUUAAAAAAUUCACUAGAAAAACAUCAAAAAAUUGAAGGUUCGAGCGAAAUUUUAUCAAAGCAAUGUGAAUCCGUGUAUGAUUAUAGUGAAUAUGACAGCCAUGCAGGUCACCAAACAAACAAUUACUUGCAAAAUAAAGCGAGAAUCAUGCUGCUAGAUCUGGGACAAGGUUACACGUCGAACAAAGUCAUGAAAAUACUCGAGGAAAUGACAAGAGAAGGAGACAAUGCUUUGGAAGAAUUGCAAAAGGAGCGGGAGGAUCUACAACAACAGAUCAAAUCCGCUGACAAACAGAUCAAAGCGACUCGACAGUUUCUCGAGGAACAGGCGUCGGAAAGAGAACACGAACGUGACGAGUUUCUGAGAGAAAUGUCAAAUCUGCAAAAUCAACUUAAAGAAAAAGGAAAAGAGUGUCUGGCUAGGGAAAUGUUCAGUUCAGAGGUAUUGGCGAUGGGUACACAACACGCUGCUCCAGUUUCCAAAACAGUGGAUGAACUUAAUUGUGAAUUAAGGAGGACGUUGGAUUCGCUCGAAGAGACUAAAAUCAAGAAGGAUUCUGUUGAAUCGGAAUUAAAGGCUGCUAUUGAAAAGAUAUGCGUCCUUAGAGAAAUCAUUACAGAUCUUGAAUCCCAAUUGGCUUUGAAAAAUAAAGAAGGUUCUCUCUUGGAACAGCGUCUCGAUGAUUUAGAAGCAGAAAUGGAACACCAAAGCGGUGCUCAAAGUUUAAUGGCUCAGGAGCUUGAAUCAUUGAGAAACCAAAGCUUGGAUGAAACUUGUCUUAACCAGUUGCAUGAACUCCAGGAAAAACAGCAUUUUAACUCGUCACACAUGCGCCAUUUUAAAAUCCAGAUUAAAGACAUGGAGAAAUUAAUUGACGACCAAACUAAAGAACUCGAAGCGCUCAAUGUUGCCACCUCCACUAAUAGUUUGAGUUCUCCUUCUGAAGAAAUAUCUUUAAGGGAACAUUUGGAUUGCUUUCGAAGUACGACUCCAGAAUUGUGCCCAUCCCCUGUCGGCUUUCCUGUCGACGAAGUGAACAAGCUGCAUGAAAAAAUCCUUAAGCAUGCGAGAUCUGAUGAAGUUGUAAUUAAAAAAGUGCGAGAUCAGGAUAUCAGAAUAGGAAAAUUAACUAGCUACAUCGAGGAGAUCCAAGCUGAACAUGAUAUUUUACAAAAAAGAGUUGAAAAACAGAUGGCUCAAAUUGCAGAGGCGAACAAUAAAAUUGAUGAUCUAAGGCAUAAAGCAGAUGCCGCACAUGUUUCAGCUAACCGUGACCUUAUAAAGGCGAAUCAAGAUCUCAAAGAAGAAAUAUCUGAGCUCAAGCAAAGUCUAGAUGUAAAAAUUAACGAGGUAAUGCUGAAAGAAGAACAUUUGAAAAAGGCAGAAGAGCAGAUUUCCGCACAACAAGCAAAGAUUAGCACUAUGAUACUUUGCGAUCAGGACGUAGUAGACACAUUAAGACUCGAGCUUGCUGCGGUUGUAACAGAAAAGAAUAAAUUGGAGGAUAUUUUAGGGAAAUAUAAACGAGAGAGGGAAUUGAUAGAAAGAUCAAAAGGGGACAUAGAAGUUCUUAAUGCUAUACUCGACGAUAAAAAUGAAGAUAUUGAACACCUUCAGCAUACUUUGGCCAUGCUUCAAAAUCAGGCCGAGGAGGAAAAAAGUUCAAAACAGUCUAGAAACUUAAGAGUGAGCUUUGCCGCUGAUGUUCUCAAUUCAAGUGACAUAUCAGAAGAAUCAAAGCUAAGAGACGCAAAGCAUACAAGAGAUAGUUUGGAGUGUGGUCCAGGAAUUUCAAAAAUAUUCAACUUUCAGGACAAACUUGAAAAAAUUCCAUCCCCUAUUGCACAGAGUAGUGUUUUACCGGAGCAUUCAGUUGGCAAUUUAUCAAUCCAAAGUAAUUUAUCUCCAGAAAAAGUUGAGCAAGUGGAAAUUAGUUUUGGCACUAUCGAUAAGCUGACUCUUGAGUUGGCUGAGAAAAACGAGCAAAUUAAUAGAAUGGAAAAAGAAUUGAAAGAUUUUGAAAAACUUGCGAAAGAUCUUGAAAAUACCAAGAUGGAGUUACAAAUGGCUGUAGCUUCGAUUGACGAGGACAAAGACUAUUAUGAAAAACAAUUUGCAUCGUUGACAGAGUUGCUUAAAAUUAAAGAGGCCGAAUUAGAACAAAAGGAACGUAGUUUAGAAGAAAAAGAAAAAGAGAUUGUAAAAAUAACAGCCGAUGUGCAAGCAUGUCAAAACCUGCUGAAAAAAUUGCAAAAAAAAUUAAAAGAAGCGGAAGCAUUGGCAUCGAGAGAAAAUGAAAAUGAGCUCCAAACAAAAAUAAAUGAACUAACGAUGGAAAAUAAUAAACUAAAAGUUAUAAAACUUCAAUCAGACAAAAAAGAUGAAGAACUAAAAGAAAUAUAUCAACAGCUUAUAUCUGAAAAAGGCUUGAGUGACAAACUGCAAAAAGAGAAAGAAGAUUUAUCCAGAAAGAAUAUCUUUUACACUAGAAGAAUAGAAGAUUUAAGCAAAGAAAAUGAAAAAUUAUUAAUGAAUUUAGAAGCUUCAGAAAAUAAGCUUGAUAAUUUUGUUUCCUCAGUUAGAAAUCUUAAAAACGAGUUGUCAACAAAAGGAAUUUCUGAUAUAAAAGAUAAUUUUGAAGAGUGCGAAGAGAUUCAAAACAUUCAAAUAGAAAUUCAAAAUUUACAAACCAAGAUUAAUAAAACGACAGCUGAAAAGCUUGAAAUCCUACAAGAGCUGGAAGAGCUGAAAAACCGCAACGAUUCAAUUGAUUUAAACGCAAACAAAGAAAUAAACAGGUUGAAUAAGAAAAUAAGCGAAUUGCAAGAGACGAUUAAUAAAAUCAGGGAGACAAACUCCAAAAAUAUUACACAGUUUGAAGAAGAAAUAAACACUCUUCAAAAAGAUAUUAACCAGUGUAAAAAAUCGGAGAAGUCUGCGAUAGAAAAACUACAAAAAGCAGAGGCCGACAAGGAAGAACUAACGUUGAAAUUGUCUUCAAUUCAGAAAGAUGUUGAAAAUAUUCAAACUGGUAAAAACAGUCAUAAUGAAUUCCCAAAUGUUACUAAAGAAUCAGAAGUGUCGGAGAAAGAAAAAUUAGUUGAUCAAACUCGUUCACUGGAGGGGCAAAAGUACCUAGUUUUAGAAAAUAUAUUGAUGGCAAAAAUGGAAUUUGUAAAUGAAUUGAAGCUCAAGAUAAGUCGUUUAGAAGAGCAGAAUCGUGAAUUGAAGGAAUACAAGCAAGAACUUGAAGCCAAACUUAUAAGACUUGAAAGGAUAAAAAAUGCACAGCAAAAGACGAUAAAUCAAUUAAAUCUUCAACUCCAGCAACAAAAAAAUAACAAUUUGACCCUCGAACUGGCAGUCGCGUGUGAAAAGGCUACCACGAAAAGAUUGGAAGAUCUGAUUGAAGAAGAAAGGAAGAAAUCAAGAUCUUCACAGAAAGACGAUAUUCAGUUAAUCGAGAAUAUGAGAGUCAGACUUAAAACUCUGAUGGAAAAUGAGAUGCAGUUGAAAACUAUGAUAGAGGAAGAAAAGCAGAAAGUCGAGAACCUUGAGGCUCAAUUGAAUUCGAUCAAAAUAAUGGAAAAGUACCAGUCAGACUCUGAAAGUGAAAAUAAUUUUGAAGAUUUGCUCAAAGAAGAAAAAGAGAAAUACAACCAAGUCUUGAUCGAGCUGGAAAGGGAAAGAUUAAAUAACGGAGACUUACAACACGUGCUUACUCGAGAAAGGAAUGCUCUAUUGUCUUUAAAGAACAACCUUCAUAAAGUAGAACAGGAAAAAAUAUCGCUAACAGCUGAGGUGAAUAGUUUAAUGAAUGAAAUUCGACUCGAGAAAAACAAACGAGCGAUUAUAGAGAACAGAAUAAAAGCUAUAUCAAGUUCACAACAGAACGUAAAUAAGGAACUUUAUGAAAAAACAAUCGAAACUGCACAUUCUGUGAUCAAAGGUUUAGAGGAAGAAUGUGCAGAUUUGAAAAAUCACAUUCAAGUUCAGCAACAAGAGGAAAAUAUGAGGGACGGUUCUUACUCUCCUCUUUUAAAACAAUUAUCAGAAUUGAAUUCUACUAUAGAAAGGCUGUUAAGAGAAAGAGGUGCUCUUCAGUCAGCAGUUUCUCAGUUAAAAGUCGAAAGAAAGGAUCUUGAAAAAGAAAUAGAAAACUUAAAAAGAAUAACUGAAAACCCAGUUGAUCCACAUAACUUAGAAAAACCUAAACUUUGGUUGCAUCUGGACAACAGAAUUAAUAAUUUUAAACAACCUGUAUUAAAAGAAAGUGUUUUUAACUUUUUAAACAAAUGCAUGCAUGCUGAGAGCUUCAGGAAAUCUUUGGCUUAUCAGAAGAGGUUUUUGCUUGUUGUCAUUAAAGGGUAUCAAGACGCCGAAAAAGAAAAUUUAGCAAGGCUCUCAUUAGGUUUUAAACAUGCUCAUAAAAAACACACAUUCAAAACCAUCAGUUUGGUUGUUGUUGGAAUAAUCAAAAUGUCUCGAUUAACGGAAACACGGAAGUUACGCCGGUUGCUCACGCUUAGAAAAAUAACCGAAGCUUUUGAUCAAAGAAUUGUAGAUUAUAAGACUGAUGAACAGUAUUUACCUCAAGCAAUGAAAGUUCCUCACUCACCACCCUGUAGGGACAGGCCGAGUUAUUUAAGGUCAAAUUUGCCAAGGGACAAACCCACGUCUGUUUCUAGUGAUUACUUGGCCUGCUUUGAUGAACUCCAACGAAGAUUGAAUGAAGUUGUCCACAGGGCGCAAUCUUAGCAUUAAGUGUUUUAUUUUUUAUACAGAUUUUAAACUCAAGUACCUUAAACUAGAUGCUUUUCGACUGAUUGUACAUGAACAUAGUCUAAAAUUAAUCUAGAUGAUUAUUAACAUGUAUUUUAUUAACUUAUUUUGGUGUAUAUUUUAACUUUUUUAUUAAUAAACUUUUUGUAUAU